AUGACCUCCCAACUCCCUCCCCCCAAGGCAAUCCUCUUCGACAUCGGCGGCGUCUGUGUAGUAAGUCCGUUCCAAGCAAUCCUCGACUACGAACACGAAAACAACAUUCCUGUCGGCUGGGUCAAUUUCGCGAUCCAGAAAGGUCCUCAGAACGGCGCGUGGCAGCUUAUCGAGCGUGGGGAAUGCGAGCUUAAUGAUGACUGGUUCCGGGCUUUCAAAGCCCAGUUAUCUAUACCUAAGCAUUGGAAGGAGUACUGUAUUAAGGCGGCUGUGAAAUCCUGUGCAGAGAAGGGGCUGUCGACUAACUCGGAAGCGGUUGUUGGACAUGAACAGGCCCCACCGGUGCCCGAGAUCGAUGCGAAAAAGCUGUUUUGGCGGAUGAUGCGCAUGUCAAGAGAACCGGAUCCGUGGAUGUAUCCCGCACUCAAGACACUGAAGGAAUCGGGCAGAUUCGUGCUCGGCGCGUUGAGUAAUACCAUCGCGUUCCCGACGGGGAUUAAAGACGACGAGGGGGCGCUUUUCAAAAAGGGCCUGGUACAUAAACCUCAUCCGAAUCCCUACGCAAAUGAUCCUACGGAUAUUGCCGACGUGUUUGAUGUUUUUAUUUCGUCGGCGCAUGUGGGGCUGAGGAAGCCAGAUCCGAAAGCUUAUGCGAUGGCGGUGCAGGAGAUGAGUAGGGUUGCGGUGAUGAGGGGAAUGGGGGAAGUUAGAGUGGAGGAGGUGUUGUUUUUGGAUGAUAUUGGGGUGAAUCUGAAGUGGGCGAAGAUUUGUGGGUUGAGGACUAUUAAAGUGGAUUUGGGGAAGACGAGGGAGGCUGUUAGGGAGUUGGAGAGGCAAGUUGGGCUGGGGCUUUUGGGAGAGAAUGAGAAGGCAAGGCUUUGAGGGAGAGGGAGGGAUAGAUCUUAUGCACCGAUGUUUCCUUUAUGACCCAACCCUGAGAAGAAUAUUGAGCUUAUUUACGCCCGGGGUAUCUUACCAAUUGCCCUCUUUCGGAUCAAGUUUGAUCGGUCGGGCAGAUGUCAUCAUUAUACAAAUGUGCAAAGCGGACUUUGGCGCAUCCCUAGCUUUCAGAAGGUAUGGUUUAGGGGUCGAGUCAUGGGAUCGGACCUCAGUUGGGUCCAAU